ACUCAGCAAACAAGUGGAUAUUCAAGCAUUGAAGAUGGAGAAGAGGAAGAAGCUGGAGGAGAAACUCCAAGAGCAGCAGCUGAAGAGGACGCAGUUUGAGACGAAUAAAGCUGAAAGUGACCUUGAAAAGAAGCGUGAGCUGCUGAAGGACCAGUUGCAGCAGCAGGCUGAAGUUCAUGAAGCAAAGAAGAAAUAUCUGCAUUAUCGACAUGAGGAGCUUCAGCAGCUGCAGCUGGACUGGCAGCAGAGGACGGACAUGAUGCUGCAUGAGGUGGAGCACCAACUCAACGAAGUGAACUGCAAACGGGCCAUCACACUGGACAAGCUGGCGGAGCUAAAGAGGACGUUCAGGGAGAUGGAAGAGGUGGUGCUGGAAGACAGAAAGGAGCAGGAGAAGCUGCGCCGCCAGCAGGAAGAGAACAUGGCUGCCACCAAGAUCCAGGCAUGGUGGAGAGGUGUCAUGUCCCGCAGAGGCUUGGGCAAAAAGGCAGACAAAAAGAAGGGCAAGAAAAAGGGAGAAGGGAAGAAGAAGAAGAAAUAGACACACUCCUUGAUAUGUGAAGAUCAGACGUGUGAAUUCCACUGCUGCAUGUGGCUUUUCUCCCUGCAUAUGUGUGAGACGCACAAACAAAGAAUGGCACAUGACACAUGAGUUGGAUUGAUUUGUAUUUUAAAAUGUUGGACAAUAAUUCAAGCAUGACAAUGCAAACACAUAUGUUAAAACAUCCAUCCAUUCUUCCUUCCUCUUGAAUUGUUUUUUUGAAAGAUAUUUUAAUACAUGCUAUAGAAGUGCUUAACAUCCUCAGUAAAUGCUGAUGAUCAGUGAAAUCUUUUCUGUUAGUUUCGAAAACUGGAGACAAACUACGCAACAAGACCAACAACAAAUCAGAAUCAACCUUGUCGUCUUAACACCUGACCUCUGAAUGGACAAGGAGACAACUUACAUAUUAAAAACAUAUACGUAUACAAAACAUAUUCAGGCGUCUGUAGCUUGACACUGGAUGUUUGUGUCCAACUUACAAGUCAAACAUGUACAACACAUGAGCAAUAAACCAAAGGGGGGAUGCAGUCACCCUUGGUCUGUAUAGUUUGAACCACACAUUUGACACCCACAGUUAAGAAGCACACGGGCGCAAGGACUUGUUUCCAUGCUUGGAAUGACACUCUUGUUUCCUACGUUAGCCUGACUCAGAGCCAGUUCUCAUCAGAUGCUGCUUCACAUUUCACUCACCCCUCAGUGUCAGACACUGCAGUGCAGUGAUGAACC